AUGAUAGUAAUAUUUGAGUUUAUUGUUCUUCCUUAUGAGCACAAGGAAGGGAUCAUUGGAUAUGAUUCUUCCACUGAUGAUGAAAAUGUUGAAGAGGAGGAAUCUCCUCGUCGGAAUGUCAUCCAUGGAUACCAUAUGGUCCGAGGAAAAUUGGGCCAUGGAAUGGAAGAUUAUGUAGUGGCAGAAAAUAGGAAAAUCAAUGGCCAUGAGUUAGGGCUUUAUGCGAUGCCUUCGCUGCUAUAUUCUUGGAUCAAGAGGACGUAUAAGGUUACUGAUAAUGAGAUUUUGGAUAGAAUAGUUGGUUCUCGAGGAGAGUCAACAGCAGCUACAGCAAUACUAGUUGAUAAAGAGAAGUUAAUUGUGGCCAUUGUUGGUGAUUCUCGGGCCAUCUUAUGCAGAAAUGGUGAGGCAACACAAAUCUCAGUAGAUCAUGAUCCCCAGAAGGAGAAAGAACAUGUUGAAAGCAAGGGUGGAUUUGUGUAUGAAGCGCCAGAUGCAAGGGCUUUCGGUGAUGGGAGAAUAAAAGAGAAUAUUACUUCAGAACCAGAUAUAAUGACUGAACAUAGUGAUGAAGAUACUGAAUUCAUAACUUUGAGGAGCGAUGGCUUGUGGAAGGUGAUGUCAAACCAAGAGGCUUAUGAUUGCAAUACCGAUUUGGAAGAUGCUGAAGAGGCGGCAAAGAAGUUGAUUGAAGAGGCAUUAAACAGGGGAAGCAUGGAUGACAUCUCUUGCAUGGUUGUAGCUUUUCUCUAA